GUUUCCGGUCCCUCCCCGGCGUCACUUCCGGCCGCGCAUGCGCGGGGGGGAGGCGCGCGCGGAGCGGCCCGGCCGGAGGGAGCGCGGGAGCCCCCCAAGAUGACGCAGUUCCUGCCCCCCAACCUGCUGGCCCUGUUUGCCCCCCGGGACCCCAUCCCUUACCUGCCCCCCCUCGAGAAGCUGCCCCACGAGAAGCACCACAACCAACCCUACAGUGGCAUUGCUCCCUACAUCCGGGAGUUUGAGGACCCCCGCGAUGCCCCCCCCCCAACCCGCGCCGAGACCCGGGAGGAGCGGAUGGAGCGCAAGCGGCGGGAGAAGAUCGAGCGAAGGCAGCAGGAGGUGGAGUCCGAGCUCAAGAUGUGGGACCCCCACAACGACCCCAACGCCCAAGGAGACGCCUUCAAAACCCUCUUCGUGGCCAGAGUGAAUUACGACACGACGGAGUCGAAGCUGCGCCGGGAAUUUGAGGUUUAUGGACCCAUCAAGAGGAUCUACAUGGUGUACAACAAGCGCUCGGGGAAGCCGCGCGGUUACGCCUUCAUCGAGUACGAGCACGAGCGGGACAUGCACUCCGCCUACAAACACGCGGACGGGAAGAAAAUCGACGGGAGGAGGGUCCUGGUGGACGUCGAGAGGGGCAGGACCGUCAAGGGCUGGAGACCCCGCAGGCUGGGGGGUGGUUUGGGGGGCACUCGCCGCGGCGGCGCCGACGUGAACAUCCGGCACUCGGGCAGGGACGACACGUCCCGCUACGACGAGCGUGACCGGGAGCGGGAGCGGGAGCGGGACCGCCGGGAUCGUUCCCGGGAGCGGGAGCGGCGCCGUUCCCGUUCCCGGGAGAGGCGGCGGCGGACGCGGAGCCGCGAGAAGGACGAGCGGGAACCCCGCAAACGGGGCGGGAGCCGCGACCGCAGCAAGGACCGGGAGCGGGACCGGGACCGAAAGCGCCGCUCCCGCUCCCGCGACCGAAAACGCGAGCGGGAGCGGGACAAGAAGGAGGAGGCGGGGGGGGGAGAGAACCCCCUCCUGGAGCCCCCCGAGGAGCUGGGAGGGGGCGGGAUGGGGGGAGAGGGACCCCCCGAGGGGCUGCUGGGGGGGGACGCGGCCGAGAAGAGGGAGAGGGAGCGGGAGCGGCGCCGGGGGCACCGGGAGAGGGAGAGGAGGAGGGAGAGGGAGAGGGAGCGGGAGCGGGAGCACAAACGGGAGCGCGACAGGAGGGACGAGAGACCCCCGGGGGGGGGAGGAGGAGGAGGAGGGGGAGGGGGAGGGUCGGGGGGGGGCUCCGGUGGAGGAGGGGGAGGGUCCGGGGGGCCCGAGGCGGGGGACGGAGGAGCGGGGGGGGACCCCGAGAUGUUCCUGCCCCCCGAGGGGCUGCAGCCCCCCGACGGCUACCUGGGGGCUGAGAAUGGCUACCUGCUGGACAACCCCCUGGAGUGAGGGGGGGGGACACGGGGGACACCCCCCCGGACCGGGCCCGGGGGCUUCGCUGCCAAUAAAGGGGUUUUAGUGGAAA